GCUUUUUGAUCUCGAAGCAAAGCAGCUGGUAUCUCAACAACAAAAAGAAAAGUUCACUCAAAAUCCGGAUUAUAUUGAAUAAAGGUUUUUACAAAAUGAGCCUCGUCAGCAGCGCUUACAACUACAAUUGUAUAUCCUUACACUCAGUUCUUUAACAUUUUGUUCUUUGAAGUCCUGAUCUUCAAAUCAAAAUGCUUAUAUCAAUAUGUUGAAUUAAUGAUACAAUCGCACUUACUAUAAAGUCGCUUGCAAACCUACAACAUGUCUCUUAUACGCCUCUUGCAGCGUAAACCUAAUGGCGAGAUCGUCUUUCGCGAACCGACCAGCGGCAAUGUCCCUGCCUACGCAAUACUCUCUCAUACCUGGGGAGAAGAGGAGGUCGUCUAUCAAGACUUGGAGAAUGGCAAGGACAAGAGCAAGGCUGUGAACAAAGCUGGGUGGAAGAAGAUACAAUUCUGUGCGAAGCAAGCCGCAGUAGACGGAUUGGAAUACUUCUGGGUGGAUACCUGCUGCAUCGACAAGAAGAAUGCAGUCGAGCUUGGUGCAGCGAUCAAUUCUAUGUUUCGAUGGUAUCAGAAUGCGACGCGCUGCUACGUUUACCUUUCGGAUGUCUCUCAGUCCGACACUGGGGUCGAUGAUCAGAGGGUAUGGGAGGAAGCUUUCAAAAAGAGCCGCUGGUUCACUCGAGGCUGGACACUUCAAGAGCUUAUUGCACCAAGGCUGGUUGACUUCUUUAGCUCGGAUGGUGAACGACUUGGGAGCAAGUUAUCGCUUGAGUCUAAGAUAUGCGAAAUUACUGGUAUUACAAAAGAAGCUCUUCGAGGUGAUGCAUUAUCAAAUUUCAGUAUCAAAGAGCGAAAGUCCUGGGCAGAGUGCCGUAAUACUACUAUUGAGGAGGAUGGAGCCUAUUGUUUGAUUGGGAUCUUCGGCGUAUCUAUGGUGCCGAAUUACGGUGAAGAAAAGGAUCAGGCAUUCAGGCGAUUAGAGGAUGAGAUUCACAGGAUGUACAAGGGGGCUGAUUUUGAGAAAUUUGCUGUCAGGCUGAACCUCGCAUCAUUUCCUGAAGCUACACAGUUUGUUGCUAGAGAGAAGGAGCUGUCGGAAAUGCACAAAGUGCUUCAAGAUCACAGUGGUCGAUCCUGUGUUACUCUGCAUGGUCUUGGGGGUAUGGGAAAGACUCAAUUAGCUAUCACAUAUGCCAAACGACAUCAAGAGAAAUAUACAGCGAUCUUCUGGCUGAAUGCUAAUGACGAAGACUCACUCAAGUUGAGCUUUCGAGAUAUUGCUCAGCAGGUGCUGAGACAUCAUCCUUCUACUACGGUGUUAUCCACUGUAUAUCAAGAUGAAGACCUCGAUCAAGUUGUCAGUGCUGUCAAGGAAUGGCUUGACUCUUCACGGAACACAAAAUGGCUGAUGAUCUACGAUAAUUACGAUAAUCCUAAGACGCCUAAUAAUCCCGACAAGUUAGCUGUUGAUAUACUUCAGUUCCUUCCUUGGUCUGAUCAUGGCUCGAUCAUCAUCACUACACGAUCGUCGCAAAUCAAACAGGGUAAACGAAUUCAUGUCCAGAAACUACUAGAUCUCAGGGAAGGUCUUGAGAUUGUAUCUAAUAUGUCAGGACGUAAGAACAUUGAAAAUGAUCUUGAUGCUAUAGCACUUGUCAAGGAACUUGACGGCCUACCACUUGCUCUGUCUACGGCAGGGGUAUAUCUCGAACACGUGACGACCAGCUUCUCGGAUUAUCUUCGGCUUUAUAAGACAUCAUGGUUGAAGCUUCAGACAACAAGUCCCCUGUUGGAUUCCUAUGAGGAUCGUACGCUAUAUACAACGUGGCAGAUCACUUGCGAUCGCAUCCAACAGCAGAAUGCAGCAUCAGUACAACUACUCAGGUUAUGGGCAUAUUUUCAUCGAGAGGAUCUGUGGUUUGAUCUCCUUCGGCAUGCAAAGUCUGUAGACAAUGAAUGGAUACAGAAGCUUACGGAGGAUGAACUGAAUUUUAAUGAAGCUGUCACUCUACUAUGUACCUUUGGACUGGUUGAUCAAGACAGGUCUCUUCAGCAGCAGGUUGUGGCUAGAGGGUAUAGUGUGCAUAGUUGUGUUCACUCGUGGAUAGUGUUUGUGCUUAACAAGGAAUGGGACAAAAGUCUUGCACAUGUGGCUUUAAGCUGUGUGGCCUCAAAGAUUCCUAACACAGAUGAAAAAUACUGGUGGCUCACACAGCGGCGGCUCCUUCAACACGCAAUACGACAGGACUUCUUUAUAGAAGACGCCAAGGUAGAUAUAGACGAACUAUAUUGGGAGUUUCACAACCUAGGCAUUCUCUACUCUGAUCAAGGCAAGCUAGUAGAGGCAGAGGUGAUGUAUCGUCGAGCGCUGGAAGGCAAAGAGAAAGCACUUGGACCAGAUCACACAUCAACACUCGAUACAGUCAACAACCUAGGCGUCCUCUACAAAAAUCAAGGCAAGCUAGCAGAGGCAGAGGUGAUGUAUCGUCGAGCACUGGAAGGCUACGAGAAAGCACUUGGUCUUGAACUUGCCUCAUCAUAUCUACCGGCAUUGCAUACUAUGUUCGCCUUUGGAGACCUCUUCUCGCAAACCGACCGGAAAGAUAUGGCAAAGGCAAUGUAUAUUCGAGCAUUGUCUGGAUACACAACCGUCCAAGGGCCUUCUUCGGAAUGGUCUAAGCAAGUUGAAGAUCGGCUUCAAGCGUUACAAGUCGCAUCUACUGAGAUGAAUAUAGGUCGAAAUGAGUUUACAGUCCCUAAAGUAGCAAAUUCGAAGUCUUUGAAGCAGAAAAUUCGUAAGCUGGGAAGGCGACUGAAUAUUAGAUAA